AUGCUUUUUCUUCGACACAUCACAUUUGUUCAUACACCGAACAGAGCAGCCGCAGUCGACAUACGUUCCACCGGGCUGGUGGCCUGGAGCUUAGGCAUGACGGGCUGCCUUCUACGCUAUUGGACGUUCUACGUUCUCGGAGAUCUCUUCACCUUCCAGUUGGCCAUCCGCACCAAUCAUCGCUUGAUCACGGCCGGUCCGUACUCGGUCGUCCGCCAUCCAUCGUAUACGGGGGCCAUCCUAGCCUCAUUUGGCACAGGGGUCUACUUACUAGGACCUGGAUCCUACAUCUACGAAUGUGGCGUUCUCAGCACUCGUUUAGGGAUAUGCGGAGCAUCUAUCUGGAUUGGGUGGAAGGCCAUACUGUCGUACAAUCUUGUCAGGAGGGUAAAACAGGAGGAUGCAUUUCUGAAGGCAGAGUUCGAGAAGGAAUGGUCGGACUGGGCUAACAGAGUUCCGUACGCUCUAUUUCCGGGUUUGUUGUGA